GUCAUGCCCAGUGAUUUACCUGUGCACAAAGCUGCUUACAACGGAAAUCUUUCCGAUUUAAAAGAAGCCUUUAAAGAUUUAAAAAAGGAAAAUAAGUUUGAUCCUGAUGUUCCGGGUGCACAGCACAGAACACCGCUUAUGCGGGCGUGUGGUUCUAGCAGUGAUCCCAAGGACGUCAUAAAAUGUGCGGAAUAUUUGAUCUCUCUUGGCGCUAACGUUAAUGCAGCAGAUGAUGCGCGGCGUAAUUGUUUGCACUGGGCUAUUUUGGGAAAUAAUAGGUAUAUUGUAGAUUUUCUGAUGAAGCAAAACAUCGACAUCAACCAGCAGACCUCUUCCGGCGCCUCUCCGCUGCAUUUGGCAGUCAAGGCCGGAAAUGCGGAGAUGGUUAGUGCCUUGAUGACGUUCGGCAGCGAUAAAUCUCUCUUGUGGGAGGGUAAGACAGCCGGGAGGUUGGCUUUAGAGCUGAAUCACCACAAAAUUGCGAAUAUGCUGGGCGAGAAAAAGAAGUCUUCGAAGUGCAUUUUACUAUAAACAAGCUAAUUAUAGAAAUCUUACCUCCUCUAAAAGUU